CAACUAUAAAUAACGCAAGAUCACCCACAAAAUCCAUAGAGAAAAAUGGAAGAAUCAUCUAACUCAAAUGCCUUACUCCAAGUUGUAGAUGAUUUCUAUAUUGCUCUCUUAAAUGAAGAAGAUCUUAUACCAAUCUCAGAUGAGAAGUUUGCAGUAGAAUUACAGCUCCAGGAAGCUAUUUUUUCAUCAAUUCUCCCUUAUCUCCAACGCCCAUCUCUCGAAAUUAAGAUCGAACCGUCAUCAAAUAAGAACAAGAUGACUCCGACGAAAUCCGAGACGUUGGUUAAAACCGAACGCGGCGAAUCUUCGGGAAGCUUCUGCAACAUAUGCACGGAUCUGAAAGACCCACAUGAAAUGUUCGUGAACAAGAACUGUUCCCAUGUGUUUUGCAACAAUUGCAUAAGCAAGCACAUUGCUGUGAAGAUCCAAGAAAGCAUAGCAAUGGUGUUAUGUCCUGGUUUCGAAUGUAAAGGGGUUUUAGAACCUGAUCUCUGCCGUCCAAUCAUCCCCACCCAAGUGUUCGAUAGGUGGGAAGCUGCUCUUUCUGAGUCGAUGGUUCUUGGGUCGCAGAGAUUUUACUGCCCUUUCAAGGACUGCUCGGUGCUUCUGAUCGAUGAUGGAGGUGAUGUCGUGACACAAUCAGAGUGCCCGAAUUGCAGGAGAUUGUUCUGCGCACAGUGCAAGGUGACGUGGCACUCUGGCGUUAGUUGUGAAGAGUAUAAGGGAUUGAAUGAAGAUGAGAAAGGGAGAGAUGAUCUGAUGGUGAUGGAGGUUGCUAAGUCAAAGCAGUGGAAGAGAUGUUCCCGCUGCAAGUUCUAUGUGGAGAAGACAGAAGGUUGUGUACAUAUGACUUGCAGGUGUGGUUUUCAGUUUUGCUACCAAUGCGGAUCGGACUGGUCCAAUCAUACUAGCUGCAACCCGACUUAGAGAAAGAAGGGGGUGUUGGAUGGUGAUGAUUGCUUCACUAAUCAAGGCUUUCAUGAUAGUUGAUGAAUUGAGAAUAGUAUUGUUAGCCAUCUUCACAAUUCAAUCAAGACUAUAAAAAGACUUUAUAUGAAAAGAUAGCUUUUAUAAGUGUGUUAUGUCUCAUACUCAUAUGAGGAUUGAAAGAAACUGUUUUUAUAAUUUCUUAGUGUGUGAAGUCUUUACUGUAUGGAUUUAUUUAUUCUCAUAAAAUUUACCAGAUCAUUGGGGGUUGAUUCAGCCACUCCAAUGAUUUUUUAUUACCAUGAGAAAAUCCAAAUGUAUCUUUAUGAAGGCAAAUAGACACUGUGGCGGCUAAAGAAGUUUUUAAUGGUAGUCAUUCAA